AUGUCAACGUCCUUCGCCAUCCCCGAGGUCAAGGCGCUGGUCCGGCAGCCACAGCCGCAGCGCGCGCGGGCCCAGCAGCUCCUGGAGCGCCUCGCCGCCGCCGUCCUGCCCAUCCUGACCAAGAGGCGCUUCCGAGUGCGAUGGCUGCUCGAGUUCUUCCCCAAGGAUGGCUGCCUGCUCGGGAUGAACGUGAACCGCGGCGCCAAAAUCUACGUGCGCUUGAGACCCCAGCGAUCGCCCCAGUCGUUCCUGCCCUAUGAGGCGCUGCUGGAGACGCUGCUGCACGAGCUCACGCACAUGGUGCACGGGCCGCACAACCAAGCGUUCUACCAGUAUCUGGACGAGCUGAAGCAAGAGAUGGAGUCGCUCAUGGUGCGCGGCCUCGUGGGCGAAGAAGGCGCCAAGUUCGCAGACGCUGGGGCAGGCCAGAGACUUGGUGGGAACAGUGCAGGCGUCCCCAUUCGAGUUGCGGCCGUGUUGGCGGCGAAGCGGAGAGAGCAGUAUCACUCGCUGCUUGGAGGCGAGACAAGUCGGCGGCUUGGGUCGAAUACAUCGAAUGGCACUACGUCGAAAGGUGCUGGAGGCUGCCGAGAGACGACGUCGAGACAACAAGCACUGUAG